AUAACUUUUACAAAGGAAUCACACAUGUGCGGCAGUUUCCCAUUGUUUAUGUGUUAAAAUAUAAAUAAAAAAAACGAAAGAAUAGAAAAACUGUGUCAGAAAAUCACAACGUGCCGCGUGCAUAUUUUAUAUAAUAAUAAUAAAAGAAAAGAAAAAAAGAUCGAAAGACGAGACACGGGCAAAUUGAGUGCUCUAUUUGUGCAUUUUAAAUCACUUGAAACACUUUCGAGCGUUAUAUAAGCUGAAAAACAAUAAUAAAAGAUAAAUGAGACUGUUGUUGGAACAUUAUUAUUAGUUCGUAUAACCUUCGUGCAGAUAAAAAAGAGAUAACAACGAUACACGAAAUAAAAAGGAAGGCGCAAAAAAACGUUUUUUUGUUAAACUUUUUCUCCAACACGUGUUUUUUUGUGUUGCAUCAAUUCACUCAACUAGAAAGGCAUCAAAAAGCAAUCGAUAGAUAGAUAAAAUAAAAAUUACAAUAAUCAAGAAGAAUAAGAAGAAAAACAAAAAAAGAAGGCAAAAUGGUAUCGGAAAACGAACGCGUCGCAGGAAAUUGUGCAAUUUGUGAUAAAGAGACAAAAACAAGAUGUUCAGCGUGCCAAUCAGUGUUUUACUGCUGUGUUGAACAUCAAAAAAGUGAUUGGAGUCGACAUAAAAAUUCAUGUCAUCCAUUCAAGGUCGAAUCCAGUCCCGAAUUUGGCAGAUAUUUAGUUGCGAGCAAGGAUAUCAAAGCAGGCGAAAUUGUUCUAAAAGAAUCUCCUUUGGUUUGCGGUCCAAGUCAAAUAACGCCUCCCGUGUGCGUUGGAUGCUUACAAAAAAUCGAAGAGAAACGUCACACGGAAUGUGAAAGAUGUGGUUGGCUCGUUUGUCGUCGCGAAUGUCAAGAUCUUCCAGGUCACAAGGCAGAAUGUGAGCUGACUGUCGCUCGCGGUGAAAAAGUUUCAGUUUUCAAGUAUUUUGAAGCGCCGCAUCCAACAUAUCAAUGUCUCGCCGUUGUUCGAGCACUUUUGUUAAGAGAUAGUGCACCCGAAAAAUACGAAAAAUUGCUGAAACUUGAGUCGCACGACAAGGAACGCAAAGAGACGGAACAAUGGGAGCUCGAUUCGAAACAUAUUGCGGAUUUUAUUAAGAGAUUUUUCCGAUGUGAGUCGCGCUGGAGUACCGAUGAGAUUUUAAAAGUUGUUGGUAUCCUCCAAGUAAAUGGGCAUGAAGUGCCUUUAACUGUCCCCGGGCACAUUGCCGUUUAUAAUCUCGCGUCGCUAAUCGAGCAUUCAUGUCGCAAUAACGUCGCAAAGUCCUUUACAAAACACGGCGACAUCAUUUUCUGGGCCCCAAAUCCCAUUAAGCGGGGCGAACGGCUCAGUAUCUGCUAUUCGGAUACAAUGUGGGGCACAAAUGCCCGUCAAGCACAUUUGAAACAAACGAAAUUUUUCGUGUGUAACUGCGAAAGAUGCGAAGAUGUCACGGAACUGGGCACGAAUUUCAGUGCAUUGCGGUGCAUCGGGAAUGCGGCAUGCGACGGACUCAUCUUACCAGAAAAGCAUAUGAGGAUGAUGAAGACCAAUAAUGGUUCAUUUGAUGACAGGUGCGGCAAAUGCGGCGCGUCUUACGACUUUAAGGAAGUUGCGCAGAUUUUGGCGGAAGCGACGGCGGAUUUGGCGCGUCUCGGAAAGGCAAAUGACGAAACGUGCAUCGAUUUUAUCGAGAAAUACUCGAAAAAAUUGUCGAAAAAUCAUUAUUUAUUGACGGAAGUACGGAUCAGCUUGGCACAGGUCAUCGGGCAAAAUGGACAAAUGCAACGAAUAACGGACAGCAAGUUAUUCCUGAAACUUGAAACUGCGAAAAAUUUGAUAGAAUUGAUCAGUAAUUUAGCGCCAGCUGAAUCACGUCUUUUGGGCGUCUUACACUUUGAAGCUCACUCAGCAUUGGCAGAAAUCGCACGACGCGGAGCAGCAAAGAAAAAUCCAAACUUCAAAGGAGCUUAUGAAGAAUCAUAUCAUCAUGCCGAGCAAGCAAUCAAAUACUUGAAACACGAACCUUCAGUGCUGCCCGAAGGAAGAGUUUUGAAACAGGCGAAAAUCAAUGCGGAAUCCCUGAAAAUUAUGUUACUCCAAAUGGCUUAAAUUAUUAUUUUUUUUGUGUGAUAUUUAUUGUUAAUUUUUUUUUUCAUUUUUCCCUCAAAAAAGACCUGAAAAAAAAUAAAUUAUUCAUCAAUAAAUAAAAAUUACCUCGAAAUACGCAAUAAACAGCUAACAAGCUCAAACAAAUGUUCUAAUAAAUUGUUCAAUGUAUUGAAUUACCGCAUAUUUUCACGCACAUUGACACAUGCCGGAGCCCACACCGACAAAAUUCAAUAAUUCAUGUCGCUUUUUUCGCAAUAAAAAAAGACCCCGUGCAGAGAGGAAACUUUUUCACGCACAUUUUUGUCUUUCUCGCAUUUUUAAAGCAACACGGA